AUGGUCGGACUUGCACUAGAACACAACAUCCGAGUCAACGAUGGCCCCUUGACCUCCGAAAACGCCGCUCUUCUCCGUCCCUCAGACCCCUCCCUCCCCCUGGACGAACUCCGCGCCCGCUACGAACAGGACGGCUACCUCUUCCUCAAACACCUUCUCCCCCGCGAAGACGUCCUCAAAGCCCGCAGACAGUACUUCUCCCUCUUGGCCCCAACCGGCGUCCUCCAAGAAGGCACCGACCCCGUCCAAGGCAUCUUCAACCCCACCAAAUCCCCCGAUCAGUACCCCGGCAUCGGCGCCGGCGCAGUAGGCAACAACGGCCGGCCGGGGGGGGAGCAGGCCGCGCAGUCUGUAGACCUGGCCAUCGAGGCGCACUACCAGGAUUGGUAUGCGGAGAAGUUCUGCAACCAUCCCGAUUUAGUCCGGUUUGUGGCCGCGUUCACGGGUUGGGGCGAGAAUACGUUGAAUUUCCGCCGGACGCUGCUGAGGAAUAAUACGCCUGGCACAAAACCUAUCGGGGUGCACUAUGAUCAAAUCUUCUUGCGGUAUGGGGAGCCGAUGAGUGUCACGGCUUGGGUGCCUAUGGGGGAUGUCAAAAUCAAUGGUGGGGGCUUGAUCUAUCUCGAGGAUGAGUUCACCACCAAAGCGAAGCAGGCCGGUUUGACAGAUGAAGAGGCCAGAUCGGCUUUCAACUCGAAUAUGAUGGCGACUGGCCUUUUGUCCGAGUCGCCGGUCGAGUUUGCCAGGCAGCAUGGCCGUCGCUGGCUGGUAUCUGCCUAUGAGGCGGGUGAUGUUGUCUUGCACAAACCUCAUACGAUCCAUGCAUCGACUAUCAACAAUGACCCGGAUAAUGUCAUCCGUCUGGCGACUGACCUGCGAUUCUGCGACUCUUCCAAGCCAUAUGAUAAGAGAUGGAUGAACUUUUAUAGGUUUGGAGAUGGUGUGUGA